UUUUAGUUUCUUUGAAAUUUCCCGAAGAAAAUCUGAAUCAUCAUGUCUGGACGUGGUAAGGGAGGAAAGGCACGCGCUAAGGCCAAGAGCCGAUCUGCCAGGGCUGGUCUGCAGUUCCCCGUGGGCCGUGUUCACCGUUUCCUGCGCAAGGGCAACUAUGCCGAGCGUGUUGGAGCCGGAGCCCCGGUCUACCUGGCCGCCGUCAUGGAGUACUUGGCCGCCGAGAUCCUCGAGUUGGCCGGCAACGCUGCCCGCGACAACAAGAAGACAAGAAUCAACCCCCGUCACUUGCAGUUGGCCAUCCGCAACGACGAAGAGUUGAACAAGCUCCUCAGCGGUGUUACCAUCGCCCAGGGAGGUGUACUGCCCAACAUUCAGGCCGUUCUUCUGCCCAAGAAGUCGGCCAAGGCUGCCAAAUAAAGGGCUUGAUCAAGCUACAA